CGCCAACACAUGGAGACUGCUGGAUGGCCCCACGGCAGCAGCUUACAGGCAGACAGCCGGUUAAGCGUGUCUGCGGUAGCCGUCCCUUUUAAAGAGGCUCAUUCACCACAAUUACAAACACAGUACCUCAAGUCUCCUUCCUCCAGAACUUGAAGGAUACAGCAUACCACCGAAUCAUCAGCUAUGACUCCCGGAGCAUGGACUCGCUCGUCAUCGAGCUUCACUUCGCCCGCUCCAUGUCGUUUUUGGAACGGUCCCGGAUCGUGUCGUUUUGGGGCCAAAUGCAAAUUUGUUCACGACAAAGCCAAUAGCGACAGCCGCCGUCCCCAUAUGCAGCAGUCCAGCUCCACGAGCAAUUCUCCUAGUGCCGAACGCGAGAAGCUCUAUGCCUGGAGGCGACUACGGCCCAAGCCAGCCGAGCUGCCUGUCCAGUUGGACCGCGAAACACCCAAGUACUUCCGAACGGCUUUUGAGUUGGUGGAAGAGGACGUGAGCUUGGCACAAGAGGUAAUCAAAGACAUGGCCUCCGAGCAGCGACUGUCAAUCAUCCAACGCGUCAUAGAAGGGGCGGCGGACAAAAACCCCAAGGAGAAGGUUCUCAUUUGGGAGUCUCAAAUUCUUCCCCUGUUCUGCAUUCUUCUCCACCCGAGCGUCAUCGACUCCGUGGUUCUGGAGCAAGAAACCACGACUCUCUUCCGAUCACUUCUGGGCAUUGAUGCUACCCGCCUUCAUCGCCUGUACCGCUUUCUCUUUGACCUCGUUGACCACUGGUCAGAGUUACAUUUCCAAAAUAACGACUGUGACUCUGGCAUCGAGGCCCUCGCGCUCGCCUGCGGCGUGUUGUCCAAAAUCAUCAAUACCAGUACGGCCAAUAUCGUUAGUGCACACUUCACAUCCAUCGUCGACGAGAUUCAGCUUCGCCUGGAAGUCUUUGGCGAUCGAAAAGCCGACUUCCACACCAUGCAAGCCGAGAAAUACCUUGAAUACGUCCGCCGACGCCUCGGCCUCGGCCAAUCUUUGCCUAAUGCCACCCAAGCCUCAUCGGCUUCUUCGGGCACUUUGGCCGAGUUCACGCUGAGCCAGGACAUGCCAGGAAGACUUUCUAGGCGCGGCCCACGUCACGACAACGACCAUGCGGACAUUUUCGACAUAAAACUCAUGCCCACACAUGAAGAGAUCAUGUCAUCUCGGGACGAGUAUCUGCCAACUGUCAACCCUGCGCAACAUCACUUGCAAGGACUGCAAGGCUUGCUGGACAGGCACUUUCGUCUGCUCCGCGAGGACACGCUGCACGAUCUACGCAAUGCGAUCCGCGCCAGCGUGGAUUCAAACGUCAAGGUGAAGGAGAUCCGUAAUAGAGUUGUUCAGUACGAACGCGCUGUUGCCAUUGAUGUUUCCUUCGACAGGCGGUCCGGUCUUGAAUUCAUUAUCAGGAUUGAUCAGCCACGAGCGACCAAGGACCUGGGCAAGAUGGAUCGCGCGGCUUGGUGGAACCAGGAGAAGAGGCUCACGGAUGGGAGUCUUGUUUGCAUCGUUGACAAAGCCGGCAGCAUCUUCUUCUUCCAGGUGUCGAGGUCCACCAUCCGCGAUGCCGACAACAAGACUCAGCAAGUGGAAACAGGGGAGCCAGAGCAGGGUCCACGCUACAGCCUACCCGACGACAAGGACUACGCCUAUGUGCGCUUACAUCUGGUGGAAACCGGCACUGCGGAAGUCAAGAGAUGUAUGUUGUGGUUCAAGACGGCGGGCCUCUGGCAAAAUCGUCGGCUUCUCGAGUUCCCAUCAAUCCUUCUCCCGGCCUUUGCGCCUCCAUUAAAGGCAAUGCAGAAGAUGUCACGGAGGACAGACGUGCCGUUCCAAAACCUCCUCACCCUUCGAGCUGGCGACGAACCACCCGAGAACCCCCCGCCCCUUUACUCAUUACGGCCGGGGUUUUCGUUUGACCUCAGCUGCCUAUCCAACGACGGGACGAAAUUGUCCUAUGCAACUGGCGAGGCUCCCACGCCAUCGGAGCUCAGCCGACAUUCCACUUUGGACUCGACCCAAUCCGAGGCCGUCCUUAACUCCCUGAGAAGAUCCUUUGCCUUGAUCCAGGGCCCCCCUGGCACAGGCAAAAGUUACACUGGAGAAGCUCUGAUCAAGGUGUUACUUGCCAACAAAUCAAAAGCAAGAUUGGGACCAAUCAUGUGCGUUUGUUACACAAAUCACGCCUUGGAUCAACUGUUGGAACAUUUACUGGAUGAUGGUGUGCAGAACAUCAUUCGCGUCGGCUCCCGGUCCAAGUCAGAAAGGUUGGGUCCGGUGAAUCUGAGUCAAGUUGUCAAGGUUGAGACACGUACGAAGAUGGAAGGCCGAUCAAUGUACGAAUCCAUCAACAUUCUGAAUAGUGACACCGCCGAAAUCACCAAGAAACUAUCGACGUUCAAGUUUCUCAACACCCACGACAAGAUUCGCCUCUUUCUUGCCGAGCGCCACCCCUCACAGCACGACCAGCUUUUCGGACCAGAACCCGGGAAUGAGGAAGGCUGGACCACUGUCCGCCAUGCACGGAAGAAGGCUGUGAAUGAGUGGUUAUCAGGUGGUUCUGCGGCGAAAACCACUCGCCCGCUCCCUGAUCUCUAUCGUCUGAGUCUAUCGAACUUGUCUCAUCAGGAGCGCAUCGUCCUCUACGAGGACUGGCUGCAGGAAGCGCUGCGCACAGAGCUUGAGGAGCUCUCUGAGUUGCAUGAGGCAUACGAAGAGCAUCAAGAACACAACAAGAUGGUCCGGAGUGCCAUUGACUUGCGGUGUCUCCAGCAGGCGACCAUAAUCGGGGUCACAACCACGGGGCUGGCCAUGAACCUCGAUCUUCUACGGCGUGUUCAGGUCAAGGUCCUCCUUUGCGAGGAAGCAGGCGAGGUUCUAGAAGCCCAUCUCCUCACCUCCCUGCUUCCCACGGUUGAGCAUGCUAUCCUGAUCGGAGACCAUCUCCAGCUUCGCCCUCAGAUACAGGACUGGAGGCUUCAGCGUGCGAACCCGGCAGGGAUCAAGUACUCUCUGGACGUGUCCCUGUUCGAGAGGCUUGUUCAGCCGCCUCCUAAUGUUCCUAGCCUUCCGUUCAGCAUUCUCGACACGCAGCGUCGCAUGCAUCCGUCAAUAUCGGAGCUGGUGCGAUCCACACUGUACCCGUCUCUGUCAGAUUCCGAUGGCGUCCGCAAGUAUCCUGAGGUUUGUGGCUUAGCCAAGCGACUCUUUUGGCUACACCACGAGAGUCCCGAAUCGGGACGGCAUUCUGACCAUGAAUCCAUCGAGACGUCACAUUCAAACGAGUUUGAAAUUGAGAUGGUCUCGGCGCUCGUCUGUCACCUUCUGAGGCAAGGCGUCUACAAAUCGGGGGAAAUCGCCGUGCUGACGCCAUACCUGGGGCAGCUGAAAAAGCUGCGACAGAAGCUCGGAUCCAUCAUGCAGAUCAUUGUCAAUGAUCGUGACACGGAAGAUCUGGCUGGGAUUGACUCAUCUGACGAAAACCCACAAGCUGCCUCUCGGGGAGAGGCUGCAAAGGCAUCUGCCAUGCACGGGGUUCGUGCUGCAACAGUAGACAACUUCCAAGGCGAAGAGGCCAACGUUGUCAUCGUGUCGCUUGUCCGCAGCAACAACGAGAAGAGAUGCGGCUUUCUCAGCACUUCCAACCGCAUCAACGUUCUGCUGUCUCGCGCAAAGCACGGCAUGUACAUCAUUGGCAACUCCAACACCUCGAGCCACGUGCCCAUGUGGGCCCAGGUCGUUGAGAUACUGCAGAACAGCGGCAACUUCGGCAGGGAGCUGGAACUGCAAUGCCCGCGGCAUCCUGAGAGCAGGAGUCUGGUUUCACGGGCUGAGCAGUUUAUCCAGUCUUCGCCGGACGGAGGAUGCAACCGCAAGUGCGAUCGUCGGUUGCCCUGUGGUCAUUCCUGCACCGGGCCUUGUCACUCGGACUUUCUCCACAACGCCUUGAAGUGUCUCGAAGACUGCGUGAAGCCCAAGGAAGGCUGCGAUCAUGCUUGCCGGAAACGCUGUGGCGAGCCAUGUGAUAAGCUAUGCCGAGAGGUGCUGCGUGGCGUCGGACUCGAGCUCCCGUGCGGCCACACAAUUGACACCGUGGAAUGCUGGAAAGCCCAAGAUCCUUCCAACAUCAGGUGUACCGUUCAAGUCAACAAGCAGGUUCCCGGAUGUAAUCAUACGGUCAAGGUGCCCUGCCACGUGGAUGUCGCCUGGAACAGUUACCAGUGCAUAGCAGAGUGUGGUUCCCAGAGACCCUGUGGUCACGCAUGCAAGAUGCGGUGUUCGACUUGCCGCACACGAGAGGACGGGAAGGUGACCGGGGAAGACCACGGGACAUGCAGACAGCCUUGCGAAAGGUCUUUCACAGCAUGCAGCCAUCGCUGUCGAGAGGCUUGUCAUGGAGAUAUGGGUUGUCCGCCCUGCCCUGCUCCCUGCCAGAACCAGUGCGUACACUCCAAGUGCGGGAAGAAGUGCCACGAGCCCUGCGCCCCUUGCGCAGAGGAGACGUGCUCUUCCAGCUGCCCACACUCCAGUUGCAGUAUGCCAUGCGCAGCGCCGUGCGACUGGAUCCCUUGCACGAAGCGGUGCACCAAGCAGUUGGAGUGCGGCCACCAAUGCCCUUCCGUUUGCGGCGAGCGUUGCCCAUCCCCGAGAUACUGCCAAGUAUGCGCUGUGGAGGAUAUAAAAGACAGAACCGUGGACUUCAUCAUGAUGGAGAACUACCAGUCCAUCGACUUGGACGAGGAUCCAUGCAUCUUCCCAGACUGUGGUCAUUUCCUGACUGUCACGACAAUGGACGGUCAGAUGGGCCUGAGAGAUCACUAUGAGAUGUCGCCAGAAGGCGUGCCUGUAGCUCUCAAGACCGGCUCGGAGCCCUUCUCCUCAACUAAAGUCAAUGUGUGCCCCGAGUGCCGAGGGUCUCUCAUGAACAUUUCGAGAUACGGAAGAAUCGUUCGCCGUGGCCUGUUGGACGAAUCAACCAAGAAGUUCAUCAGCUGGUCUCGAGGGACAUGGGAGGCACUGAUGGAGGCGUUACUCAAUGCGCAAGACGCCUUGCAAAAGACGGACAGUGCUGGUUUCGUGCUUCCUGCGGAGCACCCAGGAGGUUUCAACCUUGAGGGCUCCCGAUCAGACCAGGUGAACAGGGUCCUCAGGCUCACCGGGACGAAGCGACAUAAGAGCCUGAAGCGGCUGCGGAGCCAGAUGGCGGACUUUUUCAGGUCAGUCAGGCGAGACGAGCAGCCGUACCAGCGGGUGGCUCACCUAGUUUGGCACGUCAAUAAGCGACGCGAGACCAGCGAUUUCUCCUUUGACGAGUCGGCCAUCCAAAUGGGCGGGGUGCUGCAAGCCAUGAUCCUCCUCCUUCGCUGCGACCUGCUACUCAUCUCAGACUACCUCGGCCUGUGCCGCGCCGCUGAGGGGAACACGGCAGCGAAGGCGGCCAAGAUCGAUGCGGUGCCGCACAUCAGGGACUGUGAGAGACUGAUCCGGACCGCGCACACGAGGAACUUCCACCGGCUGGAGCUCGAGGGACACAUCUUGCUCGUCAAGUUCUGCUCCUUGGCCCACCCCGAUGACACGAUCCCGAUGAAGACAACAGUCGGUCCCGGCGGGGAGUCCCCGGCACGAGACAAUAUCAAAGACCUCGGAGAGCGCCAUCUGCAACUGGGAAGAGAGCUUGUCCGACAGAAGCCGUCGACGGCCCUGCUGGAGCCCGAGCUCGAGGACGCGGGGCGCAUGCUGCACGACGGCGUCUUUUACAACGAGGUGUCGGCCGACGAGUUGCGCGAAGUCUACGCGGCCAUGAGCAAGGAGCUCAGGGGGACGGGGCAUUGGUACACAUGCCUCAACGGGCACCCGUUCACCAUCGGCGAGUGCGGCAUGCCCAUGGAGCGUGCCCGUUGUCCGGAAUGCGGUGCCCCUGUUGGCGGUCAGAACCAUCAAGCGGUCGAGGGCGUGCGACGUGCGGAGCAUAUUGAGGAAAUUGCUCGCGUUGUGGAUAGAAUGGGGCUCUGAUACAGACAGAUAGAAUUUGGUCCGCUGCUCGGUUCGUUGUGUCCUGGUCGUUGACCGACAGUCCUGUCGACGUGGUUGAUGAUGCAAAGGUAUGAGGCCACCACAUCAAGCAAUGUCAAGCAAGCACGGAAUUCGGGGUAGACGUCGCGGCAACUGAGAGUGGCAAUCGUCAUGGACCUCCAAAAAUCAUU